UGGUUUACAGUCUUCCACAGUAUCCAAAAAAGAAGACGAAGAAGAAGGGGAAAAGAAGUGCUUUGUGAGGGGCGGGGUUUUGUUGGAGGCAAAAAACCUAGAAAGCCCUGUCGUUGUUGGCAGCUACAACCAACAUCCGAAAAAUAACUCAAUUUAACUGUGAAAAGGACGGAAAGCCAAGAAGAGUGAGAAGUAGCAAAAACUGGAUAUAGAUCGUUUAUAGUUAAAACUGUUGACACAGCUACUUCUGAUGAUUGGCCUUUUCGUUUUGAGCAGCAAACAUGGAUGCAGGUGAAGACCAAAAUACAGGCACCAACAAUGGAAAUUCUCAGACAAGUGGCAAUUCUCAUGCACCACAGAUAGCCCGCAUGUCUCUGUAUGAGAGACAGGCUGUACAGGCUCUGCAAGCUCUGCAAAGACAGCCUAAUGCUGCUCAGUACUUCCAGCAGCUCAUGCUGCAGCAGCAGAUCGCAAAUAGUGCUCAGUUCCACAACUUAGCUGCUGUGCAACAGGCCACACUUGCUGCUAGUCGCCAGUCCAAUACUCCAAGUAACAGCAUCUCCCAAGUGCCCACCACUGUCAAUCUAAGCACCACCUCUGCGGGAGGGACUAUGUCCAGUCCUCGUCCUCAUGGUCCGGCCACCUCUGCAACCAAAACUGCUAUCAACCAGUCAGUGCUGCUGGGUGGAAACUCAGCAGGAACGGGACAGAUGUAUCUUAGAGUCAACCGUUCUCAGCUCAUCUUCAUGCCUGGUGGUCCAGCAACUGCUACUGUUGCAGCAGUUGCUCAAACUCAGCCCCAGCAGCAGCAACAGCACGAAGUUGCUUCUACCGGUGCUAGCACCCAGUCUGACAAUGAUCAGGUGCAGAACCUUGCCUUACACUGUGCUUCCACAACCAAAGCAGUUGCUGUUAAAUCUGAGCUUCCAGAAAGGAAAGAUGCUUCUGGCUUUCCUCUUGGUCAACAGCAGCAACAACAACAGAGUUUCCCACAGACAGUUCAGCAGCAACAAGUGCAACCACAACAGCAACAACAAAUUGCCAAGAGCAGCUUUACACAACAGUCUGCCACAAAUCCACUGACUGUAAAGACUGGAAAUCAGGCUGCCAUGACUGUAACUCCUGCUUCUUCUGUAGCUCCUUCAUCCACUUCCUCUCCAGGACUCCCUCUCUCCCAACUCCUCCUGACCCCCUCUGCUGCACCGGUGAUCCUAGUACCCACAUCAAAUGUUCCUACCUCCACCCAGGGCUACCCUAUUGGCUCAGUGGCACCAAAGCCGAAUGUUAACACUCAAACUCUGGUGGUGCAACCCCUGCAACAGUCCAGCACUAAUGUAGACAAAGGUCCUGUUCCAAUACAGCCCAAGACAGCUCAGGGACACCGUUUACCGUUGCAGCUGCCCCCUCGACACCCACCACCCAUUCUACCAGCUCCACCUAGCAAUAAUCAGUCCACUGCUGCAGGUCACAACCCUCCUCACAUCCCUGUCCAGCUCGUGGGAGCCAGGCAGGGCUUAGCAGGAAAUGCGCAAGCUGUGGCCCUUGCACAGGCACGAAAUAGCACAGCCCAGGAAAGUCCAUCUGGUGGGAAUGUUGGCACGGCCUCCAGCAACAGUACUAUGACAAAAGCUCCUCUUGGCUCUCUCAAGAGGAAAUAUGACUGUGAUGGCCUGAAUGAGAUGACAGAAUCUUCAGACUCAGCACCCAUGAAAGACUCGGCUCCUCCUUUAUCUCCUGCACCUACAAAGGACUCGGCUCCUCCUUCAGAAGCUGCCUUCUCAUCUCCUCCCACGCUUUCUUUGCCUCUCCCAUUGUCAAGAGUAGGGCACGGGGACAAAGACAGAGCACCUGUUCCCCAGGCUGUCGUCAAACCACAAGUUCUCACUCAUGUUAUCGAGGGCUUUGUGAUUCAGGAGGGAGCUGAGCCCUUCCCUGUUGCUCGGCUUCCCAAAGACAGAGAUUUUGCCCUGGUUGGCUGCACAGAAAACGGACCUCCAUUGUUAAAGUGUGAAUACUGUGGAAACCUUGCUCCAGCCAGCCAGUUCAGAGGAUCAAAGAGGUUCUGUACUAAUACUUGCGCCAAAAGGUAUAAUGUAAGCUGCAGCCAGCACUACAAAUCCAGCAGAGGGAGAACGGCUGCAGGGCUGGCACCAAAUCCAGCACCCACAGAGAGCACUGCUAGGCGUAGGGGUUCCACUCGCAGGAGCGGUUCUAAUAUCACCUUUAAUAAAAUAUCAACUAAGCAUCUACCUGUCAAGUUUAACUCAGAGUCCAGUCGUUCAGAUGAAGUAUCCAGCGACGGCGAAGAAGACGAUUCUCCGUCACUGUCCCCGAGUUCUUCCCGCUCCUGCUCAAGAGCCGAGCACAGCGCUCUUCAGUCUGACAGCUCAGCUCCUGGAAGCCUUCCACUAGAGGGGGCUGGCUUCCUGUCUUCGACUCCUUCCCAGUGGAGUGUGGAUGAAGUCUACAGGUUUAUCUCCUCACUUCAAGGUUGUGAGGAGCUGGCUGCCCAGUUUCAGUCUCAGGAAAUAGACGGGCAGGCGCUGCUGCUUUUGCGUGAGGACCAUCUCAUCUCCACCAUGAACAUCAAGCUGGGUCCCGCUCUCAAGAUCUGUGCCUCCAUCAACAGCCUGCGUGAGUAAUGCUGCCAGCGUUCCAGAAGGACUCCAGGAUUGUGUUGUCAUAGCCAACUUCUCACUGAAAUCAACACUUGGACUCUUAAAAAAAGACUGAGAACUUUGGGAUUAAUGAAGAAGCUCCAUCGGUCUUGUGGAGACAAGAAGAUGGAGAGUUUACUUUCAGGACACUGAAUGUGCAGAAGACAUGAAUGCAUAUGUGUGAGUGGUUCGUGAGAAGUCAAGUAUACACGUCAGUAGUGUUUUUGUUUUGUUUUUCUCUGUCACUGUGAGUAGAGGCGUUUUUACGCGUGGAAGGAGAAACUGUGCAAAUCAGGCAGCAUAGCGACAUCGGUGCUAGGACAGUUCACCACUUGGGUGCAAAAAAAGAACCUUGCCUUCUUGCUGUAUUUCAAUCGGUGCUUUAACUUUAGCGACGUGAUUAGCAACAGUCCAUUACGUUGAUAUUUCCGUUCUUUUUGUAGUUACGCUUAUAGUUUGCCAUAGAUGUUCCAUCCAGGCUCCAAUCAUAUCACGGAAAGGACACUCAGAAAGCCUGGGCUUUUUUAAUUAGGUUAUUAAAACAGUUAUUGAAAGUUUAGUUUUGUAUCUUUUCCAUUUUAUACUACAAUCAGAAUUAUUUUUUCAUGGAUACUGUAGUUUUAGUGGCUUUAAUCAACCUGACUACCUGAAAAUAGGUUUUCCUCAUGGUUUGCUCUUUCAACGACUGGAAGCGCUCUCUGUGCGUGUAUGCAGUACUACCAAUAAAAAGUACCUGUUACUGGA